CUAAAAGGUUGAAAAGGAAGGCCAUUGGACUUGUAGCUAAGCCAUUGGAGUUUGGUUGCAGUGUCUGCAAGUGCUCUAUAUUCAUCUUCUAUUGAAGAACGAGUGACUACCUACUGCUUUUUGGACCUCAACUAAUUAAGAUUUGACCUAAAAAGAUGCAUAAACCGGUCACUGGUCUUUUGAUUUUAGGACAACUAGCCUAGUCUAACCUGGGAAGGCAUCAAGUUUAAGAUCUAAAGAUGUUGAGAAGAACAACCCUUAACUAGAGUUGACUUUAUGUAUAUGAGUAGAUGACAAGUAACUUGUUCAUGUAUGGUUGUCAUCAGUGGAUAAGUCUUAGUUUAUUCAUUAUGUAGCUUAUAUUUGGUCUUGUUGUGCAGAGAUAUGAUGAACAACUAGCGGCCGAACCUCGUCCCACGCAGCCCAUGCACGCCCAAGUUGGCACGUGUCAGUCCGACUAAACUCUGAAGCCCCCAAUCCACGUUAGAGUUAGUUUGAGUGUUUAUUAUUAUUAAUGUUGUUGGCUGGUUUGGAAAAGUGAUGACUCGAUAUUUGCACAUGUUUUCCCCUUUGUUUUUUGAUCGUUUAAGCUUUCAUUAUCGCUUCUUUGGCCUAUUUUAAGCUAAUUUGUGUUCAUUUGUCACAUUUUAGGUCCUAGCAUGUAAAGUGAAGCAUGGGCGCAAGUUUCAAGUCAUCAGAGAUCAAUUGGCGAUUCGAGAGAAGAAACUCGGGCAUGUCCUAAAGAAGAAUGGAUUUCUACAUCAUUUUAUGGAUAAAAAAUCGUGUAAACUUGUCAUGAAAAGAAAGAGUACGAAACUAAGAGUGUCUGGGAUCAAACGACGACUGAUUCAGAGUCCGGAUGAGGGAGAUAUGAAGCAUCAAAGGUAGCGGAAGAAACACGGGCAGACUACCCUAAAAGCACGGUCGUGUUUCAUCUGGCCCCCGCCAGUGUUUUUUAUGCCGAAGCUGACUCUUGAAGAAUGCUGAAGGGAUGCAAAACACGGGCAGACGAAAGCACAGCCUGCGAAACACGACCGUGUUUUUGUCCCUGCUCGGGUAUAAGUCUGUUUUCUGCGAUUUUAGAGAGAGAGGGUUGGGUUUUGGAUUCCAAACACCUAAGGGACGAACCAAAGAGAGAGAGGGCGAUUUGAGGGCACUCUUGGAGUGGAAUUGGAGGAUUUCUUUGCCUUGGAAGCUCGAGGAACAAGUCCGAACUUGAAGACUGAUCAUCUGAAGAUUCUUACUGCAGUCUCUCUCUUCUCUAUGGAGUAACUUCCCUUCACUUAGGUUUUGAGGAACCCUAACUAUGUUUUUUUUCUUGGAUGAUUGUAUGAGUACUCUCACUUGAUAAUCUUGAGUUCAUAUUCAAUCUAUAUAUGUUUUCAUGAUUCAAUUAUGCUUUAGUCAAGAUUAUUGAUUCUGCUUUGAUCUUAUGAGAGCGAAUACCUGAUUAGGUCAAUAGAGCGCCAUAGAUUGAUAGUAUUGGAUCGAUUGAUUUAGUCAAGGGUCGAUUCACUGCUUUGUAUCGAUUGACAACCUCAUCCGAUAGAGGGAAUUUAGUUCAGAAUGCCUUGAUCGGUUGUUCUAGAGAAGGAUAUGUCCCUCUAGGCAAUUGACUCAAGAGGGCCUUGUUCCUUUAGUCGAGACUCAAUGUCUAGUUAAGGAUUCUCUGCAUUGUGAAUGAAAGUGAAACAUGUUAUAGAUCAUCAAUCAUUAAUCUGGCUAGUGGCUAGGGGGAAUCAUACCUAAGUGAGUUCCCAACCUGUAAUUAGAUUAACUUUAACUGUAGUUUGCUAUAGUAGUUUUAGUUGUUCCAUCUUAAUCUCGUUUGCAAGAUAACGAACUAAAGCUGAGUAAUAGUAACCCUAGUGAUUCGUGGGUUCGAUAUUUAUAACUUGAGCCACUAUACCGCAGUCCCUUUCAUUGGUUACAUUUGGCCUUUGUUAGAAGUUGUGCCAUAGCGAGUCAAAAAGGAUUAUCAUUGUACGAACUAUUUAAGAAGGUUUUGUCGUGAAAUAAAGUUAACAAUGACCCAAAUAAAAGGCCCUUUUGCGUCCAGCAGGAAAACUCUCAAACCGAGAGCUUCGGUUCAUCAAUUGGUAUCAGAGCCAUGGUCCUCGACCUAGCCCCGAUCUGCACACUAAAGCUAUGCACGUUGGCGAUACGUGAGGAUAUCACGGCGACUGGUGCACAGCUGGCUGUGACAUUGAAGCAACUCAAGGCUCAAUGCCGCGAGUGGGAAUUAAACGAUGACGCGCAAACCCCCCAUGGCAAGGUGCGCAACGACGAUAAUGACGAGGCCUGCAUCGACGCUAGUGUGAUGAAGGCAACGACCGACUCAACAAUAUCUCUCCAUGCGGCUACCGGGGUUUCGGGACUGAAAACCCUAAGGUUCCAGGCGCAAAUCAAGGGAGUUCCUAUAGUGGUGUUGGUCGACAGUGGAUCAACCCAUAAUUUCAUCUCUGAAGCUAAAGCGGAAGAGAGUAAGCUGGCCUUGGAGCCAAUCGAGCCAUUCGUCGUGCGUAUUGCAAAUGGAGAACGAUUGCGUUGUGAGGCUAAAUGCCCUAACGUACAAAUCGAGAUACAAGGAACAACAUUGGUGGUAUUAUUGUUUGUGCUACCCAUUCGCGGCUUGGACAUGGUGUUGGGCGUACAAUGGUUGGAAGAAUCGGGUAUAGUAAUUUGUGAUUGUAAGGCCCUAACGAUGAAGUUCAAGUGACGGGAUAAAGACUGUAAGUUACA